AUGUCAUUUCAAGAUCUCCUGCAAUUGGAAGCCAUGACGGACUCCUUCUCCGACUUGUCAGCCAUCUCGGAUGCCAACCUAAUUUCUACCACCAAAGACGACAUUACCGUCUUUGUUUCCGGUCAAACAUUCUUUAUGCUGCCAUCUCUCUUCGAACAAGUGAAAGGGUUGCAGUGGUACCAAGUUGGUGGCUUGUACCAUUUGGAUGCCGAAUCAGAUCUUUUUGAAAUUAUUCUUCAAUUCUUCUUGGUCGGAAGUCUUCCAUCCAAGGCGCUUGUCAAGAAGCGAAAGGAAUCUCUUCAGCAAUUGGUCUUUCAAUUGGGCAGCGACGCCGAUGAAUUGAAAAUGUGUGUCAUGCAAGGUGGUGGCAGUCGCAAGAGCCAUUCCAGAUCUCCCUUAUCCCUCAAGAAGGCGGGUUUGUCUCUUCGAAGCAGUUCUUCCAACCGAAAAAGCCCAGUUCCGUCUUCCGCUGGAAGUUCAAAGAAGGGUUUCAAGUCACCCUUCAAGAGAAAGGCAGAACUGUCGGCAUCCGACUUUGUCAAGUUGUCAAAUGCUUUGUUGUUGGAUGACAUGGACGGUGAUUCUGGCUCUGAAACUGGAGCUUCUACCAUUUCCCAGAACUCCCAAAAGGAAAACUCCUCUGUCAAAUCCAAAAAGAAGUGGAGUCUUUCCAGCAAGCCGUCUACCCAGGAGGUUCACCAAUCGUGGUGUGAAUCAGAAUACAUUGUUUAG